AUGUCUGAACAAAUUGAAAAAGCUUUUCAAAAGCAACAGGGUAUCUUCCAAAACCCUAAAGUGCUCACCAAGAAGACGAAAAAUCUUCGGUGGUAUAAAGAUAUUGGGCUUGGAUAUAAAACACCGAAAGAGGCCAUCGAAGGACAUUAUAUUGAUAAGAAAUGUCCAUGGACUGGGGAGGUUUCUAUUCGUGGUCGUAUUCUUUCAGGAGUUGUCGUCUCGGCAAAAAUGAAGCGAACAAUCAUUGUUCGUCGUGAAUAUUUGCAUUAUAUCCCAAAAUAUCAUCGUUACGAAAAACGUCACAAGAAUUUAGCUGCACAUUUAUCCCCUGCUUUUGUCGGUGUGGAGUCUGGAGACACGGUCACUGUAGGUCAAUGCCGGCACCAAAGGGAUAUAAAGAACGAGUACCAAAUGAUUAUUUCCAAAAAAAAUCGACGACUUAUCUACGAGUGUCUCUUUAAGGGUUUGAGUUUGAUAUGGGAUUGUGACGGCGUAUUGGUUGCAAGGAAAGAUUUCCACGCACCAAAGCACCAAGAUAUUGAUGUGCCAAACCUUGAAGUUAUAAAGGCAUGUCAAAGUCUUACGUCCCGUGGAUACGUAGAGACGCGAUUCUCUUGGCAGUAUUAUUAUUACACAUUGACUAGCGAAGGGAUCGCAUAUAUUCGUGAAUACUUGCAUCUUCCUUCGGAAAUUGUGCCUUCGACAUUUAAGAAGGUUAGACCACUGCCAGGUCAUACAAGAAUCUACACAGGUCUUCCGCGUACCCCAGAAGACUAUCGUUAUCGCGAAGAACCAAAGAAGGAGGGUUUCGAAGGUGAAUUCAAACCUGAUUUCAAGGGUGGUUUUGUUCGAUCCAGGCCUGAUCGCGACGCUUUCGAAGGUGAAUUCAAGCCUAACUUCAAGGGUGGUUUUAGUCUAGCUAGGCCUGAUCGCGAAGCUGUCGAACAAGAGGGACCAGAAGGUAGUCCUUCUGGAAUUCAGGAUAUUUCUGCCACCACUACACCAGAACAAAAUUCGAAGAGAAAAAUUGAAGAAGUAUUCUCGCUAUUCAAAGAACUUACUGAACCCGGAGAAGUUAUUGAUGAAGAACCUAAACGAAAAAUCAUGCGUGUCACGCAGGCACAAUACAAAAAUAUCUCGGAGGAGCAAAAUAAAGUUGAAGUCUCAUAUGACCCAAUAGAUUUUAAAAGUUACAUGAAACGUCUUUCUACUUUCGAUAUAUCCUUUAUCAUUGAAUUUUCGCUAUAUACUAACGUAGAUGUUGAUAAACUCCAAUGUGUCACCUGUGCCGCCGAGCUUGAAGUUAAUUUUCCUCAUGUAAUUAACAAAGAGAAUGCGCGAAAAGAGGAAGAAAAGCUUUAUAAACUAUUAGCAACAGCGCAUGCAGAGCACUGCUCAUGGGGUAGAAAUCCAUGCUCAGAUAAUAUAUAUCGGUUUAGACAGCUACGACAGGAUCACGCCGUUGAAGAAUUCCGACAACGGGCAUCUGAAUUGAUUAAAUUGGGGGAGAACCUUCCUGUUAUCAAGACAGAUCUGAGCGAGGAAUUCACUCAGACAGUAAUUGAGGCACUUUGUUUAGAUUAUCCUCUGGAUUUGAGAAUUGCUGCUACUGCGGGCUGUUUGUCAUUAUUUGGAUGGGAAUAUCAACGCGUUUUGAACAGUUUUGACAUAAUACGAUGCAAAUUAUGUCUUCGUCGUUGUGCUUUAAUUAAUUUUCGAAACAUCUCUAAGCAAAAAACAAUCGACGAAAAGAAGCAAAAAGACCAGACGCGAGAUGGUGAUACAAUAAUGCAAGGUCAACAUCAAGAGCAGGAAACAACAUUAAAAAGUACUAAACAAACACCAGAUCUACAAGAACAAACACCAAAUCAACAAGAACAAGCACCAGAUCAACAAGAACAAAUACCAGAUCAACAAGAACAAAUACCAGAUCAACAAGAACAAAUACCAGAUCAACAAGAACAAGCCCCAGAUCAACAAGAACAAACAGGAAUAAUGAUGAAAGAUUCUUCUGAUGCUAUAAACAUUUCAACUGAUUCCGAUAAGGAUGACGAAUAUUUCGCUAGUAUUAACAUCGAAGGUCUUCCAAAAACUCCAGAUGAACGUUUAUUUGAUGUACAAACUGAACACAAAUAUUAUUGUCCUUGGAUAACUGGAGACGGAAAGCCAGCGAAAAUUCAAACUGUUGAACAAUUAGUGCAAAAACUUCCCGGUUGGCAUCUUACUAUGGAGGCUGUAGUGAAAUCGACUUGUCACAAAGAUGAUAGCAAGAGCGAAACACAGAUUGGUAACUUUCGCAGUAUUUUGUCCCCGAUGAAAUCAAACCCAUUUUUCGAAGUUUCUAACGAAUAA